AAUCUUUGGCUGGAGUCCAGCAGCUACUUGGUGGAGUUCGUCCGGGCAGACUCGGUCCCGGGAUUGGGGUGGGGUUCGUUGAUUAGGGCGGCGCCAUGGCGCUGUUCCGGAAGUUCUUCUUCAAGAAGCCGCCCGACGGGGUGCUCCUCAUCACCGACAACAUUUACGUUUUCGAUCAUUGCUUCUCCCUGGAAGCACCGGAAGAGGACCGGUUCGAGGCACACACCAGAGGCAUUGCAACACAUCUUCUGGAAGAUUUUCACGAUCACUCAUUCAUGGUCACGAAUUUCGGGACUCGGACGGAGGAAAGCCAUAUAUACCGCAUUUUAUCCGAGUAUGGUAUGACUGUUCUGGACUACCCAGGCCACUACGAGGGGUGUCCACUCCUCACAAUGGAAAUGGUCCACUGCAUCUUGAAGUCCAGCGAAAGUUGGCUUUCUCUGGGUCAGCAUAACUUGCUGAUAAUGCACUGUGAACAAGGGUGCUGGCCUAUUCUGGCCUUCAUGCUAGCCGCUCUUCUGUUGUACCUGGGGCAUUAUUCGGAUGAGCACAAGACACUGGAGAUGCUCUACAAACAAUCAUCUUUGCAGCUCCUGGAGAUGUUUUCACCUCUAAAUCCAAUGCCUUCUCAAAUGAGAUACUUGCGGUAUAUUUCGAUGAGGAAUGUCAUGCCUGAGUGGCCUCCAGCUGACAGAGCUCUGACAUUGGAUUGUUUGAUUUUGAGGAUGAUUCCAGAUUUCCAUGGUCAAGGCGGGUUCUGUCCGAUAUUAAGGAUAUAUGGCCCAGAUCCACUCAUGCCCCAUGAUCAAUCUCCUAAAGUUCUUUUUUCAACUCCAAAAAGUAGUAACCUCGUCCGUUUUAAUUCACAGGCAGAUGAACUGGUGAAAAUAAACCUUCAAUGUCAUGUCCAAGGUGAUGUUGUCUUAGAGUGUAGCAACAUGUAUGAGGACGUGGAUCGUGAGGAGAUGGUGUUCCGGAUCAUGUUCAAUACAGCUUUCAUCAGGUCAAACAUUUUGAUGCUUAAUCGUGAUGAGAUAGACAUGCUAUGGAAUGCAAAAGAUGAAUUUCCCAAAGACUUUCGAGCCGAGGUUAUCUUUUCUGACAUGGAUGCAACUACUUCGCUUGUUACGACAGAGCCUGUGAGUCAUCAAGAGAAACAAGGACUUGGUAUUGAAGAGUUUGCUAAAGUUCUAGAUAUCUUCAACCAUUUGGAUUGGGUAGAUGUGGAGAUGGAUAUGGAACUGGACUCACCACCGAAAAGGGUCCCAGUCACUUCCCAAGGAAAUAUUGAUGCAUAUUCUGCUGAUGAUCCUGAGACUUUCUUUGAUAGUCAAGAAGAACUUAGCUUUGAUAAUUUAUCUGGUGAAAUCAACUCUUCUGCCCGUGUGCUGAAGCUUCAAAAUCACUUUGCUACGCUUGGUAGCACUGAGCGUAAACAAGCCCCCCUACAUUCAAGUCUAAAGGAAGUUCCAUCGGAACCGCAUACAGUAGCACCAUCUAAGGUUACGAUUCCAAAGGCUAGUGCUUCAUCAAUAGCACCGUCUUCUGGUACAGUUAUACCCCAACCUGCACCUUCACCAGGUCAGCCACGGCGAUUGACAUCUGAUUCUGCAGUGCAAUUUUCAUCCAAUGCAUCAGAUGAGAAGUCUAGUUUACAAACUCCAAUAGAGCUUGAACCUUCACCUGUUAUGGUAAAUAAAUUAGGAUCAACAGCAUCCCUUAUACCAUUGUGCACGCCUCCUCCUCUUCCUCCCCGACCACCCACCGUUACAUUAGCUCCUGUUUCCUCUACUGUACCCAUAGAUACUAGUACAGGUAUGAUCAGUGUUUCCCUUAGGUCAACCAUGCCUUCCCGUUCACCUCCUCCAGAGCCAUCAGUCUCUCCACAAGUUUCUGCAACAACUGAAGAACCGGUUAAAUCCCAAGAGUCUUACGAAAUUCUUAAUUUACAGCCUGAUAGUUCUACAGCUUCCAGUGUCACCGCAUUGCCAGCAGUUUCUUCAAUUUCUGUAGUAAGGAAAUCUAGCAACAAAAGAGCAUCUUUACAUCUGGCUUUGCCUGACUCAAGGCCUUCAGUAACUCCAGUUACACUAUCAGAUCCUACUCCAGCACCACCGCCGCCACCACCUCCUCCGCCUCCUCCUCCUCUAAAAGCGGCCAGUGUGUUGUUUCCUUUGUCACAAAAUGAACAAGUGACACGCAGGAAAGAAAAGGUUGCACCACCUCCGCCUCCACCUCCGCCACCUCUUCCACCAGCGUCGUUUUCAAAUUCAAUUUCUUCCAUACCAAAGAAAGCUCGGUCUCCACCGCCACCGCCACCACCCCCGCCACCGCCCCCCUCAUUGGUAACCUCAUUUUCUUCUCCACACGCACCACCACCACCACCACCACCACCACCACCACCACCUCCACCUCCUCCACUACCUAAUAGCCACGCAGUUUCAUCAUCUCAACUGCACUUCACAACAUCUAAAUAUGCAGUUCCUAUAACUUCGACCCCCAACUCUUCACAAACCAUUCCAGGGCUGCAAAGAUCACCCAUUCCACCCCCACCACCUCCUCCUCCUCCUCCUCCUCCUCCUCCUCCAUCUCAAAGUAGCUCUUUGGUUUCUUCAUUUCCAUCCACAGUUAAUAGACAUCCCAUGGCAGCCCCUCAUCCUCCACCACCUCCACCACCUCCCCCACCAAUGCGUACCAUGUCAUCUCAUGUUUCUGCGCCACCUGUACCUCCAUUACGCGUGGUAGUUCCUCGUCCUCCCCCACCUCCCCCACCAUUGCGUACCAUGUCAUCUCAAGUAUCAGCACCACCUGUACCCCCAUUACCUCCUCCGAAGCUAAGUGGAAACAAUAUUGCUUCACAAAAGCCAUCAACAACACGACUGCCACCACCUCCACCAGGCCCACCUCCUAAGAAUUUCUCCAACUCUUUGCCAAGCAAGGGAAGUGUUCUCAGUUCUGCCCCUCCACCACCUCCUACAUUAUCAUUUGGUGCAAAGGGCCGCAGCACAGUCCGGUCAAGAAGUCCUAGAAGUUUGCGUGCCAACCAGCCAUCUAAGAGGACACCACUGAAGCCAUUGCACUGGGUAAAAGUAUCAAGGGCAACACAAGGAAGCUUAUGGGCAGAUACACAGAAGUCUGAUGAAGAAUCUAGGACUCCGGAGAUUGAUCUGUCUGAGCUUGAAAGUCUUUUCUCGGUAUCCAUGCCAAGUACGGAGGCAAAGCGGACACGCGAACGUCCUUCCGUUGCAGCAAAACAAGAAAAAGUUCAUUUGAUUGACCUUCAGCGCUCAAAAAAUUGUGAGAUUAUGCUGCGAAACAUCAAGAUUCCACUGCCUGAUCUGAUGGGUUCAGUGCUUACUCUGGACGAUUCCAGCGUUGAUGGUGAUCAAGUAGAUUAUCUGAUAAAGUUCUGUCCAACUAAGGAAGAAAUGGAACUACUCAAAGGAUAUACAGGUAGCAGUGAGAACCUAGGAAAAUGUGAACAGUUCUUCUUGGAAAUGAUGAAAGUGCCAAGGGUGGAGUCUAAACUGAGAAUUUUAUCCUUUAAGAUAAAGUUUCUUACACAGGUUGCAGAUCUGAAAAAUAGCUUGAAUACCAUCAAUGCUGUCGCGGAAGAGGUUAGGAACUCUGUCAAGCUUAAGCGAGUGAUGCAAACAAUUCUUUCUUUGGGGAAUGCAUUAAACCAAGGAACUGCAAGGGGUUCGGCUGUUGGAUUUAGAUUGGAUAGUCUUCUUAAGCUCAUUGAUAUACGGGCACGUAACAACAAGAUGACUCUCAUGCAUUAUUUAUGCAAGGUUCUUUCCGGGAAGCUUCCUGAAGUUCUUGAUUUUGUCAAGGAUCUCGCACAUUUAGAACCUGCCUCAAAGAUCCAAUUAAAAGAGUUGGCAGAAGAAAUGCAAGCAAUAACUAAGGGACUGGAAAAAGUUGAGCAGGAAUUGGCAACGUCUGAAAAAGAUGGUCCAGGGUCUGAAACGUUUUAUAAGAAAUUGAAGGAAUUUCUUGCUGAUGCCCAAGCUGAAGGGAGGUCAUUAGCUUUGCUUUACAGUUCAGCGGGAAAAAGUGCAGAUUCUCUAGCACAUUAUUUUGGUGAAGAUCCUGUACGGUGUCCAUUUGAGCAAGUUGUCUCUACUCUACUCAGCUUCGUGAAAACAUUUGAACGGGCGCAUGCCGAGAACCUCAAGCAGGUGGAGCAGGAGAAGAAGAGAGCCCAGAUGGAGGCUGAAAGAGAAAAGGCGAAGGCAGGAGGUGCGCACAAGAAGGCCGGGUCACCGGAGCCAGGAGUCUCUGACCGAUCGUCGUCGUCGUUCGGCGCCGCCGCGCUCCAACGCCCGCUCGGACACCGCGCCAGGAUGGGCCACACUUCCGCCGCCGCCGCCUCUUCCGUGCCCGCGCUCGGGCUCACCAAGGCCAACGCCGUCGAGCUGCCCCAGGUCACCUUCACCGCCAAGGACACCGACCUCUCCGCCUGGACGGGCGACAUCCUGGCCAUCGCGGUCACGGAGAAGGACCUGACCAAAGGGUCAGACUCCAAGUUCGAGAACGCCGUGCUGAGGAAGCUGGACGAGCAGCUGGGCGGGCUCCUCUCAGACGUCUCGGCCGAGGAGGACUUCACGGGGAAAUCCGGGCAGUCGGUGGUGCUCCGGCUCUCGGGGCAGGGGUUCAAGCGGCUGGGCCUGAUCGGGCUCGGCCAGAGCGCGCCGUCCACCGCCCUGGCCUGCCGCGCCGUCGGCGAGUCCGUCGCUUCGCUUGCCAAGUCCGCUCAGGCUGCCAGCGUUGCUGUUGUGCUUGCUGGGAUCCAGGAGGAGUUCAGGCUGAAUGCUGCCGCGUCUAUCGCUUCCGGAACUGUCCUUGGGUUGCAUGAGGACAGCAGAUUCAAGGCUGAGGCGAAGAAGGUGCAUCUUAAGCAGGUCGAUAUUAUUGGACUGGGUUCCGGCCCGGAGGUGGACCAGAAACUCAAGUAUGCCAAUGAUCUUUGCUCGGGCGUGAUAUUCGGGAAAGAGCUUGUCAACGCGCCUGCAAACGUCCUCACCCCUGCUGUGCUUGCGGAGGAGGCGGCAAAGAUUGCUUCUACAUACAGCGAUGUAUUCACUGCCACCAUACUGGAUGAGGAGAAAUGCCAAGAGCUUAAGAUGGGCUCCUACUUGGGGGUUGCUGCAGCUUCUGCAAAUCCUCCUCGCUUCAUCCACUUGUGCUACAAGCCUGUUGGUGGCAAUGUCAAGAGAAAGCUGGCUAUUGUUGGGAAGGGUCUAACUUUUGACAGUGGCGGCUACAACAUCAAGACUGGACCAGGCUGCAGUAUUGAACUGAUGAAGUUUGACAUGGGAGGCUCCGCUGCAGUAUUUGGUGCGGCGAAAGCUUUGGCCCAAAUCAAGCCUCCUGGAGUAGAGGUUCAUUUUAUUGUUGCUGCCUGUGAAAAUAUGAUUAGUGGGACAGGAAUGAGACCUGGUGACAUUUUGACUGCCUCUAACGGGAAAACAAUCGAGGUAAAUAACACUGAUGCGGAAGGCAGGCUUACACUUGCUGAUGCUUUGGUCUAUGCUUGUAAUCAAGGUGUUGACAAGGUUGUUGAUCUGGCAACACUAACCGGUGCCUGUGUUGUUGCACUUGGGCCUAGCAUUGCUGGAAUCUUCACACCGAGUGAUGAACUAGCCAAGGAAAUCACUGCUGCAUCUGAGAUAUCAGGGGAGAAGUUCUGGAGAUUGCCAAUGGAAGAGAGCUACUGGGAAGGGAUGAAGUCCGGUGUGGCUGACAUGGUCAACACCGGCGGCCGACAGGGUGGUUCUAUCACCGCUGCCCUCUUCCUGAAACAGUUCGUUGACGAGAAGGUUCAGUGGAUGCACAUCGACAUGGCAGGGCCGGUGUGGAGUGACAAGAAGAAGACAGGCACUGGAUUCGGCGUGUCCACCUUGGUGGAGUGGGUUGUCAAGAACUCGUCCUGAAUGAACAUUUCCCCUGAUUUCCAUUGGUGGUGACACCACACAGAGGAGAAGAAAACAGAGCAGUGUUCAUCCAAAAUACCAGGGAAAUGAUUUUAGUGGCUUCUGGCAUGUGAAGUGGAGCGAUAGAAUAAGGAAAGGAUAAUGGU